CUAAACACUGAGGCGAGGCGACGAUCUUAAUCCCGCCUGGUUGACAGCAGCUCUAAAACUCAUUGACGUGUCGUAGAUUAAUAAUUAAAAGUGGCUUAAAAAGGUCUUCGGAAUUCAGCGCAUAUCCACCGGAAAUGAAUUGGCAACGUUGUUUACUGCUGGUUGUGGUUAUUGCUGUGGAACUGUCCAGCGCGUUGUACUUUCACAUCGGGGAGACGGAACGCAAAUGCUUCAUCGAAGAAAUUCCUGACGAGACCACAGUUAUAGUAAACUAUAAGGUCGAACUGUACGAUCCGCGAAGCGGCGGUUUUAUGCCAUCAUCUCCCGGUAUCGGAAUGCACGUCGAGGUUAAAGAUCCGGACGAUAAGACCAUUCUUUCUCGUGUAUACAGCUCAGAAGGACGUAUUUCCUUCACAUCUCACACACCCGGAGAGCACAUAAUUUGUAUGUACUCGAACAGUACCGCCUGGUUCAGCGGAUCUCAAUUACGGGUGCAUCUGGAUAUUCAGGUCGGCGAACAUGCCAUCGAUUACGCCAACGUAGCCCAGAAGGAAAAACUGACCGAGCUACAGCUACGCAUACGACAGCUUUUGGAUCAGGUGGACCAGAUUACCAAGGAGCAAAACUAUCAGAGGUACCGAGAGGAAAGGUUUCGCCAAACAAGCGACAGCACAAACCAGCGGGUUCUAUGGUGGUCGCUAGCGCAGACCCUGGUCCUCGUAACUAUGGGACUGUGGCAAAUGAAACAUCUGAAGAGCUUCUUUGAAGCAAAGAAAUUAGUCUAAAUGUCUAUUCAAUUUGUUUCAAAGUUUUUUAGACAACAUUUUGAAAGUAUAGCCAACCAACACAGACAAUGGUUGACAAUGAAAUCUGGUGAGACUUAUGAAUAAUGAGAGUAAACAUCUCAAUUAGAUCGUGUUUGAAUAAAUAAAAAAUAAAUGUAUUUCGAA